UUUUGAUUGGUCAAUAAUUUCCAGUCAUUUGCGUUUCGCUCUUUUAAAUUGUUUUUAAUUUGUACCCUUAAUUAUUGCCGAGGGUUGGGGACCGUUCGGCUCGAAUACCUUUCAAAUCAAUAUCGUUAUUUUGGAUCACGUGUCCCAAAUUUGUGCACGAGUCUACGUAUUUUGCAUGGUUUUUUUUUUGGUUACAUUCGUAUUUGUUUGGUUGUUUAUAGUUUUACGUUCUGGAAUAAUUUAUAUGAAAGUGCACACAUGGAGGAAAAAAAGUACACGUGUAGCGUUUGCGGGAAGAAAUCCGUCGUGGAUAUUGGCACGCAAACACCAAAUGAACUUCUAUUUUCCGCAACCGUGACAGAAAUUGUGGAAGAAGAGACCAGAAUCUACCCCGCAACGAAUCAACGCCAAUUCCUGUUCACCGAUUGGAAUCAAAUGGGCAGAGAUUUGCGUCAAAUCGCCGACGAUCUACGCAGAACAUCAACGUCCGAUUUGAAUUCGUCAACGGAGGAACAUCAGCUAGCAAUUGGCCAGCCUGAGUCACCGCCACCAUCAUAUUUCACAUUAUUUAGACGCCACAGUGUGCCCGACGGUCGUGCAUACUUCCAUCGCCCAUCAUGAUCGUAUUGAACAGUAAAAAAAAUGUAUUAAAAUAAACGGACAGACCCUACCUGUUGUUGGUGAACGUUUCCUCUUUUGCUCCACUAUUUGAUUGAACUUAUACGGGUUAACUAUGACGCAUUCUGCAGGUGUUCCAAUAAAACGAGGCAAGGGCAAUUCCGUUUCAAAUGUACUUCGAGAUUUUAUGUUUUGUGAUUCUGUGUGGUUAUAUUGCAAUUGUAACGUUUGUUUUUUUUUAUUAUUUUAUUUGUUUCUGUGUGUGUGUGUGUAAUGCUUAUUCACAUCUGUUUUAUUGCCAGUUUAUUGUAUCAAAUUUUCUAUUAAUGAUUUACUAAAUUAUUACUGAUUUUAUUAUACUUGAAUCUGUUCUCUAUAAUAAAUAUUUUAUUGCUCAA